GCUUCACCCACGUCUGGAAGCCAUCGCUCACUCACCUCCCCGACUGGGCAUAGCCUACGGCGCCAGCGCCAGGGCUCUCCCAACACAGAGAAGAACGGACCAGACUCGUGCACUAGGACCCGCAAGCGGGGACGCGCGCCCGCCUUUCGGGACCUCCUCCGCGCGUGUCGCGUCGCAUCACAUUGGAUUGUAUCGCCCACCAUGGCGCCCCUGCCAGAGCACAUCUUUGAGGGCGUCGUCUUCUUCCUCAACGAUGACCUGAGUCCAGAGCUGCUCGCUACGCUCAAGGAGCUGCUGCAGACCGCCGGCGCGCAGUGCUGGGAAGACUCUGCGGGUGAGAUCAACAAGGCAUUCCCGCGCUCCUACCGCUUCAACCCGGAAAAGGUGACCCACGUGAUCACCUCCACGCUUGACUUUCCCGAGUACGAGGCCUGCAUCGACCCCCAGGCGGACAAUGUCUUCAACAUCGCCGCAGACUCCCACGCGGUUGUCGUCGAUCUGCUGAAAUGCUCCCUCCGUACGCCUGAGCAGCCGGAGUGGGUGCAGCGCUCAUACACGCUCGGCGAGCGCCAGCCGGAGCGCUUCUACUCGCCCGACGCCGCCCGCAUUUUCUCGGGCGUAGUGAUCCACGCGUCGCGCAUGCCCAAGCUGGAGGUCGAGCUAAUCAUGGGUGCCGUACAGUCGCUGGGGGGCUCAUACAAGCUCAACUUGACCAAGGAGGUCACUCACCUCAUCACGCCCUCCGAAGACUCGAGCAAGCUGAGCGUGCUGCGCGAGCCGCAGAACCGCCAGCUCGGCAUCUGCGCCGUACAUCCGAGCUGGAUCGACGAGAGCGUCAAGUUCAACCGCCUCGUCGACACCGCGCCCUUCGCCUGGCCCCUUGACCGUGCCG